AUGGCGAGUGGUACUGGCGUCCUCUUCACCUCACCCCUCCCCCCCGACUCUGUUCCUCCUUCCCACCCUCGUCAGUCCCUCCCUCGCAGGUAUUCCCGCUCUGCUCGCCGCUAUGUGCGCCGGGACUUCCGGUGGAUCGUUGGAGGGGCCUCGGCCACUUGCUUCCUCAAGGUGACUCAGGUGCCCCUGCUAGGCGACCUGUGUCCCCAAGCAGUGCUCUUCCAGCCAGUGCCUGUGCGCCCCUCCUACAGCGCCCUUGACCGCCUCUGGCACUUCCGCGCUCGCAUCACUAACUUCCCCAAGGUCGGCUACAAAGCUAUUUUUGUGGAGGUGGAAUUCCCACCGUUGCGGCCGUCUGGUAACAACAUAACUCUGACAACCGAGGCACUGGUUGUGCCUAACAGCUUUCCAUUCUCAUACUGCACAGGCCCCAAGUGUGAUAUGCGCCUCGUGUAG